CCGGACAGUUGUUUGUGUAGCUCCGUUGGUCCCAUCUUGCCUACAGUGUAAUCAGAGCGUAGAGGAAAGAGAGCUCGUCCAUAUUACAGCUGCUGUUUCAGCUGUUUCUGUGGUGAUGGACCCUCCCGGCGGCCGAGACGAGCGUCAUCGUCAGGCGGAGCGCCUUCGGCGGGAGGAGGCAUACUAUCACUUUAUUAACGAACUGAGUGAGGAAGAGUACAGACUAAUGAGAGACAGCAAUCUACUGGGAACACCUGGUGAAGUCACAGCAGAGGAGUUGAGGCAGCGUCUGGAUGGUGCAAAGGAGCAAGUGUCUUCUCAGCCACGCCCUGAACCACGCCCACAGAACAGUGAGGCAGAGGGCAGUAGCGGUGCCGUUGAGCCAGGUGUGGAGACGUCUAAUGGCGAUUCUCUGCUGGAGUGGUUGAACACGUUCCGUCGCACGGGAAAUGCCACCCGUAGCGGGCAGAGCGGCAACCAAACCUGGCGUGCCGUCAGCCGCACAAACCCCAACAGUGGCGAGUUCCGCUUUAGUCUUGAGAUCAACAUAAAUCACGAGCAGCCUGAGCCUGGAGAACACAGUGAGACACCCAACCCCACAGAACUCCCUAUGCCCCCUCCCCCAGUGUCGCCUGAACCUGUACCCACAACCAUGCACAGCCCCACAAGGUUUGCACCUUACUCACUUCAACACCCCACACCAUACUCUACAGCCAGGCCCACUUUGGGAAGGAGGGCUGCAGUGCGCCGCACGCGGAGUAGCACGGCUCCACCUAUAACGCCUCCUCUGAUCUCGCAGGCUCCUCCCACUCCUCUGAGGAGGAACCUGCCCCCUUUGCUGAGCUCUCCCCCUCCACAGGCUCCACUCACCUCUCAGUCACAAGAGCAGGAUAGUGGUGCUGUAAGGGGUCAAAUACAGGUCACAACAUCUUCAGUCAAUGCAGAGGAUGGGCAGAAUGGGAAUGAAGGCCCAGGCUGUCCCGAUGCUAUGCCCCAGUCUGGCCCUCAAGUGGCGCUAGCAGGGCGUGAGCCGCGAAACAGUAGGACUCGUUCACGUGGCCGUGUGCGCAGGGCAACAGGAGGAGGCGGGGCUUUGUCUCGCUCCUCAAGACGUAGCCGCUCCCCCCUGGACAGAAAUCCGGCCCCCAGUGUAAGCCCCACCCAUAGCAGCAAUGCUUCCCCAGUGGAGUCCAAUGGAAGUACAGCUAUUGCUAUGGAGAUGGGUGAGGCUGCUGUAGAGCCGACAGAGCCUACAGAUCCUCUCCCUGAAGCAGGUGAGGAAGAGGGUGAGACACCUGUAUCAGGUAAUGCUGGAGUGCGGCGCCACCCUACAAUCAUGCUGGACCUCCAGGUGCGGCGUAUCAGACCGGGUGAGAACCGUGACAGGGACAGCAUUGCCAGUCGUACUCGUUCUAGGGCUCGCGCCGCUGAAAACACGGUUACAUUUGAGAGUGACAGUGGGGGAUUUCGCCGAACCAUCUCCCGCUCAGAACGCGCAGGAAUCCGCACUUACGUCAGCACUAUACGCAUCCCGCUGCGCCGCAUUUCCGAGACAGGCCUUGGUGAGCCCAGCUCAACAGCACUGCGCUCCAUCUUGCGGCAGAUUAUGACCGGCUUUGGCGAACUCAGCUCCCUCAUGGAGACGGAAGCGGACUCAGAGACUUCUACACCCAACCAGGACUCUGCUCCGGCAGCUGGAGCCCAGGUGUACCAUGUAAAUGACAAUGAGGGCGGUACAGUCCACAGUGGGGUGGAAUCAGCUCGAGAGGGUUUAGCAGAGGGUGAGGAGGAAGGGCAAGUACGGAUGAGUAGGACUGGGACAGAAGGACGGCCUAGCAGUAGAGACACAAACAAUCUGGUGGAGAAUGGCACGUUGCCUAUCCUUAGGCUUGCACACUUUUUCUUACUCAACGAAGAUGAAGAUGAGGAGCACCCGCGGGGCCUCACAAAAGAACAGAUUGACAAUCUUGUCACACGCACUUACGGUCAGGUCAACCUGGAAGGUGAGCACGGCCGCGCUUGCAGCGUCUGCAUCAAUGAGUACACUCAGGGCAACAAGCUGCGUCGUUUGCCCUGUUCCCAUGAAUUCCACAUCCAUUGCAUUGAUCGCUGGCUAUCUGAAAACAACACCUGCCCCAUUUGCAGGCAGCCUAUUUUGUCCAGCCAUCAGGAAUGAUGUCAGGCUGUCACUAUCAAUCAACGGACUUAAUGACUGACUUUACGUUCCACCAUUGGUGGGAACCUGUACAUAGUGCUUCAAUGUUUUCAUUCUCUGAGAUCCAUUGUAUUCAAGCUAAAGGUAGAACCAAAAGUAGAAAAAAAGACUAUAAUGCAGAGAUUUAACAAAGCUUUAUUUUUUUAGACUCCUUUGGUUUUCUGCACUUGUUUUAAUUUUUUCUCUUCUUCCAUUCUCUCCACGAUCUCUCCAUUAUGCUUUGUGGGCAUAUUAUUAACAGACAGUGCGACUAACUCAGAAGGAGUUAGGAAUGCUAGCUUCAUUUAAUUCUGUCUCACUUAUGAUUUUUAUGCUGAUUUUGGUGGCUUCAAAACACGAAUUCUACAGAUAGACCUACAAACUCUUCAAGUACUUGUAAAUAAAUGAAUGUCUGUGUUUUCCAUUUUAACAGUAAGACAUAUUCCAGGAAUAAACUGAAGCUCCUGGUUUAAUUUGCAUUAUAAAAAUAAACCUUUAUGUUUAAGCGCUUUCUACAGAAUCCACCAUUUUAAGCUGUUAUGACAUGGCUCUUAGUCGUCCUUGUAAAUGCUCUUAUUGUUGGGCAAAAUAAUUUUAAAUGCGUUUUCAAUCAAAGCAGGGUUUUAGUGGGAUUUUAUGGAAUCGAUAAGAAAAAGUAUGUGAUAUAUCUGGUCAUAGAUGAUGUUUGUCAGUGCGGUUUCUCUAUGAGUCCAGUUUUAUAGGAAUACAUACUUCCUUAGGAAAUUCCAAUAAGUGCAUCUGCAUCUUUAUAUUAAGGAAAACAGCAGCGAGCAUGUCCACCAACACUACACAACACAGUAAUUUUUGAAGCGUGAUCAUUUUUUUCCAGACGGACUGAAGAGUCUCAUUACAUUUCUAAUGCAAACAAGCCAUUUAAAUUUGAAAAACCCUUUUUGGAGUGCAGAUCGGAUUGUAUGAUAUUGUAUGACAUAGUAAGUGCAUGCUUGAUUUGUCUUUGGUUUUCCUGCGUAUAAACACGAUAAAGCCCUUCAACAUCCACAAUGUUUUAAUGUCAAGUGAUAAUUAAUUUAAGAGUUUUAUCCUAAAGCACUUGUCAGCAGCUGCCCUAUAAGGCAAUACAUUUAAGCCUGUCAUAGGCCAGACUUCUUCCUUGUUGAUGCAAUGAUAUGAGAAAUUCAAUGGGCAAUGAAAGAUGCUAAUUGGUGGUUAGAUAUUAAACACACCUUAUUUAUGAUGUUUCUCUACUUUUUACCCCUCUCAUUUAACUACCUUUAUUGUUUUUUUUUAUCAUGUGGACCGUAUCUUACACACAUUAUGGUCCUUCCUCUUGCCUUCCCUUUGUGCAAAAGAAAGUAUUUUAAUGUACAGUGGUUUCACUUAUUGCCUUGUCUUAAAGCCCAGUUUCCUUCAAUCACCACUGUGUACAAUUCAUGCAGCGUUGCUCUUUUCCCACGUGAGGCAGAGUGCGAAUUAGGACUCCUGAAUGAAAGAUCAUGAAUGUAGUAGUACCUUAUACUCUUAAAGGGAUACUUCACCCAAAAAUGAAAUUUACUCACCCUCAUGCCAUCCCAGAUAUGUAUGAGUAUCUGUAUUCUGCUGAACACAAACGAAGAUUUUAGAAGAAUAUUUCAGCUCUGUAGAUCCAUACAAUGCAAGUUAAUGGUGGCCAGACCUUUGAAGGCCACCAUUAACUUGCAUUGUAUGGACCUACAGAGCUGAGAUCUUAAUUUGUGUUCAGCAGAAUAAAGAAAGUCAUACACAUCUGGGGUGGCACGGGGGUGAGUAAAUUAUGAGAGAAUUUUCAUUUUUGGGUGAACUAUUCAAUGUACAAUAAAUGUCUGCUUCUGUUUCAGGAUAUUAAUUAAAACAAAGACAGAAUAUUAAACAUCUGUCCUCAAAGGUUUUGUUUUCUAUAUACUAAAAUAUCCCUUUAUUUUGUUUACAUGUUGUGAGGAUGUGUGUAUGUUAUUAAAGAAGUGUGAAUUCUAAGUAUGUGUGUAGCGAAUGUGUGUGUACAUUUCUGUUGAAUUCUGAAUGGAAUAGAAUGGUUUUCGAGGUGUUGUGUAACUGAUAGUGGGGGAUUUUUGGCCAUGAAGUUUAGAUAUUUAAUGAAAAAUUUACAUAAUUGAGCUAUGACUAUGUAUUAUGUUAUAAUGUGAUGCUAAAACAGAAGAAUAUGUAUUAAGUUACUAUGUAAUAAAAUAAAACACAUAGAUUUUUCUUCUCUGCU